AUGCCCACAAAAGCGGCACUGACAAUCCCGCGCCAAUUGCGCGCGCGCAUCCCUUACUUCAAGUCCUCCCGCCGAAACCUCACAACACCACCAAAUCCUUCUCCCGCAACUGCUCCAAAAGACGCCAAAAUUCAAUCGCGCCUCCGCCGCUUCAACGACCGUCUCCCCUCCUUCCUGCGUGCCUACACCACGCCCCUCCUCGGCGCCCCAGCAACACACAUAACAUCCUUCCUGAUCCUGCACGAAAUCACGGCUGUCGUGCCACUGUUCGGACUCGUCGCGGCGUUCCACUACGGGAACUGGUUGCCGGAUUUCUCGACGUAUAGUGGGUUUGAGGAGGGGACGAGGCGAUUUACGAAGUGGUUGAGGAAGAAGGGGUGGGUUGGGGAGGAUGUUGAGGUUGAGGAUGUUGCGGGGGGUUUAGCAACUACGGAGGGAGCUGUGGAGGAGGGUACGGGGGAGAAGAAGGGCGUGCGGCUGGUGUUGGAGUUUGCGACUGCGUAUGCGGUCACGAAGGCCUUGUUACCUGUUAGGAUUAUGGGGAGCAUUUGGGCGACGCCGUGGUUUGCGAGGAUUGUAAUUGCGCCGGUUGGGAGCGGCGUCAGGCGCUUGUUUCGGAGGUGA